GUUCUUUCUUCCGUGCAUGCUUUCAAUGCAAUAACGAGCAAAGAUUGUCUGGCAUUUCUCUUCCAUUUUAUCACUCUACUUUCGUUUUGGUCCUUCGUCCUUCGUCCUUCGUUGCUUGGCGCAUCCAGACGUCACUUUUCAGUUUUCCACACUACCAUCAACGAUCCGCUUGCGGAACACUCGUUCAACAACGAUUACAGAUUGGAACCCAAAGUAUAUUCUUAAGAGUUCCAGAGUCGGAGGGGAAUAUAUCAUUCAAAGAGUGUAUACUUUAUCCCAAGUUUUGGAUUAGGGGCUCGUUGACACAGAUUGCUGCCGAGCAACAUCAACGUCAUCGCUCCGGGGAUACCGCCAGUAUCUCUAAAUUUCCUGGGGAAUCACAUUCCUCCUUCGAGACGAUUCUAGUGUCGCGAUGAGGUUACCCAAGGUCACGGCCAGUGUGGCAAUAGCGUUGUUGGCCGAUGGUCGAGUGGCGCAAGCCAUAAACCUUGACUUGGGCUCUAUAGACUCUAUAAAAUCCGCCGCGAGAACAAUCGCAUUCGACAUGAUGAGCUUCUACAAUGGUAACACCACCGGUAACAUACCCGGAAAUCUCCCAGGCCCAUACUAUUGGUGGGAAGCUGGUGCUAUGUUUGGAGCGAUGAUCGAUUACUGGUAUUAUACUGGGGAUACAACGUAUAAUGACAUUACAACCCAAGCAAUGCUUUUCCAGGUUGGACCGAACAACGAUUAUAUGACCCCCAAUCAAACGAAGACAGAGGGGAAUGAUGAUCAAGGAUUUUGGGGAUUGGCAGCGAUGUCUGCUGCUGAGUGGGCAGAAAAAACAUGGGACUGGAUGACCGGAGUUGGGCUUUUGGACAACAGCUACUAUGUCUACGAUGGUUCUGACCUGACCAUCAACUGUUCCAACGUGAACCACCUACAAUGGACUUACAAUGCUGGUGCCUUCUUACUUGGGGCUGCCAACAUGUACAACUACACGAACGGAAGCUCAAAAUGGCAAGAAAGAGUCAACGGCAUGGUAAAGGGGCUCGAUGUUUUCUUUCCAGCAAAUAACAUCAUGCAGGAGGUGGCUUGCGAGAACAACGGAAAAUGUGAUGUUGAUCAACAUUCAUUCAAGGCCUAUCUCGCUCGAUGGAUGGCAGCAACCACAAAGAUGGCCCCGUUUACAUACGAUGCCAUCAUGGCCAAACUUACACCCAGCGCACAAGCUGCGGCUCAGCAAUGUAGUGGCGGCAACAACGGGAGAAUGUGCGGUUUGAAAUGGCAAUCAGGCACAGCUUGGGACGGCACUACUGGAGUUGGGCAGGAGAUGGCUGCUCUCGAGGUCAUCCAGAGCAACCUGAUAGCUCAAGUCCGCGGGCCCGUGACGAACUCCACUGGCGGUACCAGCAAAGGAGAUUACUCAGCUGGAACAACAAGUGUUUGCGGAAGCACCUCUCGAGCCAUAAUUUUCCGCGAAGAGCACCUCCUGGCAGACCGAGCAGCAUGGCCACCAAUUUUCCGCGGAAUCAUUGGCUCUCCCGGCCCCAAUGGCAGACAACUAGAUGGCAUGGGUGGAGGAAAGUCUGCGUUAACUUGGAUAUCGAUUGAUUACUCGAGCAAUUGUGGGAACGUGACGAGUACCAUUGGGCCGUUCGCUGUUGAUAGUGGCUUGGUUCAGCGAAAGGAGGGUAUGGCUACGGUCAGGAUACAUAAUACGAAUAUGGGGAAGAUUAUUUAUUCCACAUUUCCAGUUGUGGAUGGAGAGGCUGCCUCGAGUGGAGGGUUUGCGAUUGAUGGUGUGGCCGGGACAGCUGCGAAGAUCAAGCCGGCGUUUAUCAAUAUAGCAGGCUUGAAGACUGGCAAGAUGCUUCCGACUGGGAAUAUCACAGAUACCUGUGAAGGAGUGGAGGCUACUUGCGUCGAUGUUGGGAGUCCUUGCAUUUUUAUACAAGCCGAGGGUGUUGGUAUCGCGGGUACAAUACUUCCGGAUGGGGUCGAUGCACAUCCAACCCUUCACAAGACACUCGAAUCCAUCAGAAGGAAGGCAGCCGUGGCUAUGGGAAUCUGCAAAGACGAAGCCUCAACACCAGGUUCGAUACCAAAGAUUGCUAUGGUCUCAUGGUCAGCCUCACACAAACUUCUGUCUGGCGAGACGAUCCAGGGGAAUACGAUAGAUCUGGUAGUGAGGGCUUUAUCCGUGGGCCAGCCUCAUCGUGCUGCCCCUAUCACUGUAGCCUUGGCUACAGCUGCUGCGGCCAACCUCAAAGGCUUGACGGUUCAUGCGAAUGUCUCUGGUGAGAGGGUAGAUUCGGAUGUGAGUACAAUAGGCCACUCAAGUGGUAAGAUAACGGUUGGUGCCAAGUUUGAUGACAGGGGUUCUUUGACACAUGCUACGGUGUUCAGGACUGCUAAACGGCGCAUGGAUGGGUUUGUAUAUUUGAAACGAAAUGGCCUUACAGUCUAGACUAGAAUGUUGAGAGGAUUCCACGAAUCCACACCUGCUGGUAGAGAAUACUGUGAGAGUCUCCGGCCCAAUGGAGAUUAGGUGCCUCGAAAGAUUCAUUCUAAAUAUAGGGAUCCACAAGUAGGAACGGAGAAGUCCUCCUUACCAAACAAAUUAAACUUUCCA